CCGCGAUUUGUACCGCACAGAUUUUCCUCUUUGCCUCUCUGAAUCAUAUGAUUAGCGCUACACCGCGUGAUAGGCUAUGUCUGAUGAUGAGUUCGGAAAUGAAGCAAUUUGCGAUUGGUACUUUGCUCUUCAAGGAGUGGCCAACCGUGAGAGAAUCCGGAAAUGCCGAGUGCUUUUCAAGUGAGGUGACAUUUAAUUCAUCAACUGUGUAAAUGGCGGACGCUGGAGGUGAGGCGCCCGGCACCGGGGAGCCUUCCGAGCCGGCAACGCGGGUUUUGAGAAUAAGUCAGCUGGAUGCUUUUGAACUGGAUGGUGCCUUGGAACAGCUCGUUUGGUCACAGUUCAGCCAGUGUUUCCAGCACUUCAAGCCAGGCCUUUUAACCCCUUUUGAGCCCGAGCUCAAAGCUCUGCUCCAGCUGCUGCUGUGGCGCUUCACGGUCUACUCCCAGAGCGCCACGGCGGGCCAGACGCUGCUCAGCAUCCGCUACCGUGACGCCGCCGCCUCCGGAGCACGCCGCUACCGGCCCAUGAGCCGGCGGCAGAAGCUGGGCCUGGCGUUGUGCACGGUGGGGGAGCGCUGGCUGCGAGAGCGCUCGCACUCGCUCUUCCUGCGGCUUCCCGCCGACUCGUACGCGCGCGCAGGCCGCCGCGCGCUGGAGCUCCUCACCGGGCUGGCCAGGGCCGCCAGCCUGCUCAACUUCUUGCAGUUCCUGCGGCGUGGCAGCUACCCGACGCUGGCGGAGAGGGCGCUGGGGUUGCGGGCCGAGUUCAGCAAGCCCCAGGCGGCGCCGCGCGACGUCUCCUUCCACUACGUCAACCGCGAGCUGCUGUGGCACGGCUUCGCCGAGUUCCUCAUCUUCCUGCUGCCGCUGGUGAACAUGUGGAAGCUCAAAGCCGCUGUGCUCGCCCUUUUCUCGCCACCCAACGCCUCCUCCUCCUCCUCCGCCGCCGCCGACGACAGCGAUGCCUCCGAGUCGGCCAACUGCAAAGAGUGCGGCCUGUGUGGGGAGUGGCCCACAAUGCCUCACUCCAUCGGCUGUGGCCAUGUAUUCUGCUACUACUGCAUCAAGGGACACACCAUCGCGGACAUAUACUUUACCUGCCCCAGGUGUGGGGCAGAGGUCAGUGUUGUGGAGCCGGUAAGGCUUCCGGUGGAGCUGAUGGAUAUGCGGCAGGAUUAGGAAAAAUGAUGGAUCCAUCUGUGCCUUUCUAAAAUUAGUAUUUGUUCAACACAGUUGAAAUAUAAGAAGAAAUCGUACAGUAUUUCUAAUCAAAUGUAUGUGCUGUGUAUCUUACAGAUGUAAUAUAAUGUGAAUGUUUGUUGCUUUACAUUUAUUUUAAUUAUAAAUAAGAACAUGCUUAAAAGAUCUCAGUGGCUGAUUAAAAUCUCAUAAUGUAUGGACUUGAUGUUCAUCUAAUUUGUGUCACGUCAUUAAAAUUUCAGGCAGACUGUUCACUUUCCUGGUGUUGGAGAAACGGAAUAAAUAAACUCUGAAUGAUCAUCACA